AUGGAAGCUUCGGACACGCCGGCCAACACAGCCCCAUUGCCGCACUCUCCCCAGCCAACACGUACACUCAAGCACUACAGCCAAGUCGGAAAUGCUGUUUCAGCCCAUUUAAUGCGCUCCGUGGAAUGGCUCGACUCGCCCCAAGGCCGCGGUGUGUUGAAAUGCACCUUUGCCUACACGCUCGCCAGCUUGUCUACCUUCGUUGGGCCGCUGUCCGACUUCUUGGGCAGGCCUGAUGGCAAACAUGUCGUGGCCACCAUCACGGUGUAUUUCCAUGCUGCAAGAUCUGCUGGCUCCAUGAUUGAGGCCAUUCUCGUCGCCAUCAUUGCCGUUGCGUACGCUGAAGUCAUCUCCAUCCUUUCCAUGGUGGUCUCAGUCAUAGUGGGAGCCAGGAUGGGCCUGGUAACAGUUGCACAUGCUUUGGUCAUCGUUGUCUUCAUAGGAGGCGGCUUUGGCUUCAUGGGCUGGGUGAAACAACGAAUGAACAACCCUCUUGUUAAUGUUGGCAGCACAUUGGCUUCAAUAGCCAUCAUUUCUGUCGUCACCAAGGAGAAUGCCGUUGUCUACAACGUCUUUUCCAAUCAAAAGAUAGCACAGGUUCUCAAAAUGCUUGCCAUGGGCAUCACAAGCACUGCCGCCGUCAACCUGUUAAUCUGGCCCGUGUCGGCAAGAACCCAGCUACGGACGUCAAUGACGAAGGCUUCAAUGGCACUUGGCCAUGUGCUGACCCCCGUCAACUCGAGUUUUCUCCGAGGUGAUGCGUGGCAUGACCACCCGAGCGACAUAUCCAGAGCCUCGUCUGUGUACAAACAAGUGCACGUCACACUUGUCACGAAUUUGAGAGAAGCGAAAUUUGAACACUACUGUCUUGGUCGCGAGAAAGUCUGCGUCGUGGAACGAUCAAUAGUGCAGGCCAUCGAGACGCUGGCGCAAUCUCUUGGAGGCUUGAGGAGUGCUGCGAAAACACAACAAACCUUGCUCAACAGCAUCGCGACCGAUCCCUCGCAUUUCGCCUCUGAUCUUUUUGAGAUAUUUGCAAACAUGAUUCGACCGUCAAUGCAAGUUCUGACCGAGACCCUUUCGCUUGUUCUCCGGGAGCCCGUAUUCGGCGGUCCACCCGAGCACGAAAUACACAUUAAUGAAAGCUUUCGCUCGGCUUUGACGGCCUCAUUGGCUACAUUUACAGAAUCUAGGGCUGACGCUUUGCAAUGCGUCUACGACCUAGUUGCACAGAAUUCAGAUUCUUACCGCAGCUCCAAUAACAUCGCCUUGGAGGAAAUGGCAGCAGCCUGUGGACAUUUCAGCUUCAGCCUUCAAUCUUUUGGCGAGGAAAUACAAAAAUAUAUGGACAUGAUUGAGGAUUUGAGAUAUGUCAAGCAUCAUUCUAAGCGAAGCUGGAUGUGGCUAUUGUGGUGGAGGGCUGAAGCGUAUCGUGGCUACAGCAUGUCUGCUCCCCCCUUCCAAGUGUCCGCCUCGGAGAGCCUCAUUCAGCCGAUCAAGAAACCGUACGCACCCCGGGGAAUAACCAAGACGAUGCUGCAGCGGAGGGAUACGUACAGUUGGCAGGCAGCUCCCGAUAAGAAUAAAUGGCUCGCUGGAAUAUCACGAACUUUGCUGAAAAUUCUGAGGGGAGUGGCCCGGGACGAUAUUUUAUUUGGUAUCAAGGUAGGAAUUGGAGCAUCGUUAUGGGCAAUGUUUGCCUUUUUGGACGCCACACGGCCUACAUAUAAUCAUUACCGUGGGGAAUGGGGCCUGCUGUCGUUUAUGAUUGUUUGUUCCAUGACUGUCGGGGCUUCCAACACGACAGGCUGGUCCCGAUUCGUUGGCACCUUUCUCGGUGCGGCCUUUUCCAUCAUCAAUUGGAACCUGAGCCAAGGGAACGCCGUCGUGCUAGCUAUUCUGGGAUGGGCCAUAAGCUUUUUCAACUUUUAUCUCAUCGUGGCACGCGGCCAAGCCCCCCUGGGAAGAAUGACGAUCCUGGCUUACAAUGUCUCGACCCUUUACGCAUAUAGCCUCAGUCAGAAAGUGGACGAUGCGGAUGACGACGAGGGCGGGGUGCACCCUCUCAUUAUGGAAAUUGUGAAGCAUAGAGCGAUUUCAGUGACAACCGGCAUUCUUUGGGGUUUGAUUGUGUGUCGAGUGAUUUGGCCUAUAUCUGCUCGAAAGAAAUUCAAGGAAGGCAUAUCGGUUCUGCUCCUUCAGAUGGGCUUGAUAUGGAGACGGGGCCCGCUGGCGAUUCUGUUGCGUUCUGACUGCUCCCAAAGCUAUCUUAAAUCUGGUGAGCAGGCUGCCCUGCAACGAUAUGCUGACCGCCUCGAAGGUCUUCGCCAGUCAGCCGCGUCUGAAUUCGAACUACGUGGUCCAUUUCCAUUCCAGGCUAAUGGACGGAUCUUGCAGAGUGCGAACAGGAUCCUGGAUAGCUUUUUUGCCAUGAGCCUGGUGACCCAGCCGAGGGCGAGGUUAACGCCGGGCGAAAAGGCUUUGCUCCGAGCCACGGCCGAAGAGCGCGCUGUUCUAUGCGAUCGGGUCUGCCAUAUCUUUCAGGUCGUGGCUAGCUCGAUGACGCUAGAGUAUGCAUUGACAGAUGCGAUACCGAAUAUACUUGCAAACCGUGACCGUCUUCUGAGCAAAAUAUCUCGAUUCAGAGAAGAGAACAUGGCAGCUUUGAGAGCGAACCUAGACCGGACUCGAUCGGGUAGUGCCUGUGGCAUUAGAUUGUGUCACACCGAGAACGAGGCCAGUGCCGUUGUUGUUGAGGACGACUAUGCUUUGCUCUAUGCUUAUGUGCUUGUUACUGGACAAGUUGCAGAUGAAUUGAAAAUUGUGGCCGCAGAGAUUGAGAGCUUGUUCGGAGUUUUCAGCGGUGACUUGGCGCUGCUGGAAUAG